UCUUUCAGCGUCAGUUUGCAGAAGUUAAGGAAAGAGCUGCCCGAGCACCCUGCCUCCGCAGUCACUCUUGAUCAGCGCACGGCUGGAGGCGACAGCACCCUGCGAGCAGACCGGCCACGCGCCCCUACACACAGCAGGCCGACGGAGGUCCUCCGCGCCGCGGGAGGCCCACUGACGCCACAGCCCGCCUUCCCUGUGGCACCUUCAACCCCAGAAGUACCGUCCUGUCCCCUGGCACAGCCAUGCUAGCAGAAGGGUUUCUCAGGGCUAUUGAAUACAGGGAGGACCUCAGUGCCACUGCCGCAGCUUGUCCCCGCAGGCCCAGGCCCAGGCCCAGCAAGAAAUCCCAUCAGGACUCCUGGGAAGACCUGCAUGGAGACUUUGUGAUUCUGGGAGCGGUGCGGGAGGACACACCCAGCCCGGAGCAGGACCCGCGCCAGAGUCCGAAGCAGACGCCGCCCCUGGGCGUACCCCGGACCGGCGGUGCCAGCUCCGCCCUGGGAAGCGCGGCCGACGGGGGCCCCUGGGGCCUGGAGCUGUACCGCUCCUGGGGGUGCACCAGCAUAUGCAAAGACUACCCGGACCUGCAGAUCGGAGGGGACCACGUGGGGGACCGGGGCUCACCGCCCUCCGGGCCCAUCGGCCUGGGGCCGAACUGCGAGGCCUGCCUGGGCCCGCUGCUGCAGUCGGGAGACCUGGAGGCCCUGGAGACCCUGGAGCCCCUGCCCCUGCGGUCUGGGCCUCAGCUCCCGGACUGGGGGGCGCAGGAGCGCGCCAGUGGGCACGGGGACACGUUGGCGGACGAGGGCUAUUUGGCCAUGGACAGCAGCAUCAGCCUGAACCGGGAGCCCCUCUCCAACUCCAUGCUCAACACCUACCUGGAGACCAAACUGCUGGAGGUGUACAAGCAGUACCUGCAGGACAGACUGGCCAAGUGCGCCUCCCCGAGCCGGGCCCUGCCCUCCAGCUUCGUGCAGUACAACGUCCAGCAGCUCAGCCUGCAGCUGUCGCAGGAGCAAGGACUGGACGCUCACCGAGCGCGCAGCAUCGUCAUCAACUACCUGAGCACCCGGAGCAGCAGCAGCGGCCAAAUCAGCUCCCCCGUCCUGCGCAUCUCCAACAUGGAGCCGAGGAAGUUCCCAGAACCGGCCAAGAAGAAGCCCCCCCCUCUUGUAACUGGUGUGCUCCACACCGCCCUCUAGAGACAGCCACUGGACCUGCACCCUGACGCCAUUUCACAUUCUGUUUGUAGCUACUGUUACACAAUUCAUUCAGGAAGAAGCUCCUGACAGAUCUCUUGAACGAAUGGUUUGUAGCACAAGACUGAAUGGUUUUCAUCCCACAAUGAUCUGUUUUGAUCCACCGUAAGACCCCCAAAAUCUCCCUUUUGGUUAUAGAAUUAUAUUUAUAUGUACAGUACUGUGCUGGACAACAGGUUAUCUGUGUCCUUGGAAGUGCAGUUUAUAUUUUUCCUCUUAGAAUAAUACAUCAAGCCUGAACUGUAAGCAGCUUGAUUCUGCUUUUCUUGCCCUGAUUUCUGUACAGAAUUGUUUAAAAAUAAAUUAGUGAACUACACCACGGUUGUGGUUCUGA